GCACUGGUUGGGUGUUCCAAUAUCUUGAAUACUUCCGUCUGUCCAAGUCAAUCAUUCCGUAUUAAUAGGGCACAACAGAGAUUGCGCGCAAUACCCACAUUCAACCAUAUCGUACGGCAACUAUUCUCUCGGCGUAUUCUCUAUCCCCAGCAGUCAGUCUAGUCGCUCCUUAUAACGCGAAAUAUAACCAGAGAUGAUCAUUCCUGUCCGGUGUUUUUCAUGUGGCAAGGUUGUUGGGGAUCUUUGGGAACGUUAUCUACAUUUACUCGAUGAGGGUGUUGCAGAUGGUGAUGCUAUGGAUCAACUUGGUUGCAAGCGGUAUUGCUGCCGUAGGAUGAUCAUGACCCAUGUUGAUUUGAUUGAGAAACUUCUUCGGUAUAACCCAACAGAAAGAGAUCGUGCAAAAUCUCAAAUGUAAUUUCAUUGAACCUUCAUUGGAACUGAUCUUUCACGGCAAAUCACUUUCCGAGGUGGUGAUGACGGAUGCUCAGCUUCGCAGUUUAUUGGCUCGUGUGAAAAAACAGCCAACACUGGAUGUCCGUUGUCUCGGGCUUUAUGGGGUAUUCAGGCGCAUCAAUUGCUGCUGUAAUUCUCAGGUAUAUCAAGCUUGCAGGAUGCUAUUGAUAUUUCUUCAAAGUGGCCGUCCGUUUUCGGUAUCGACAACUUUGGGGAUAUCGAUUAACUCUCCUAUUUGCCGGGCCACGUUGUUUUGAAUGUAGUAUCGCUCUUUUACCUUUGGGGGGGCAUGGAGGUUUGGGCGAAGAUCUGCGUCUACCUUACGAGUCUUGGCAUGUCUCGAACGUUCAUUUCCCUCUUUUAUUGCUCCUCUCUUUUGCUUGUUCUUCUAGGUGGGUGAACCGCUAAAAUGCGAAAUUAAAGAAGGGCUAGGAUUACUUUACAUUUUAAUACAUCUGUAACUACAUUGUUAUUAGUAUACAGAAUGUAACGGCGGUUUACUGUA